UUUGCUGUUAAAGAUGGCGUCUGAAGUUUGAUUGAAGAGACUCUAUUCAUAUCGUUUAUCAAUUUAUAAUGAUAGUUUUUUGUGACUUCUCUCGCGCUUUGUAUCUUUCGAAGGGAUGUAACCGCAUGUAGUUGUUAUUUAAUUCCUAAUUUGAAUAUGUGAUCCGGUUUUCUUAUCGUUUUUACGUUAUCGCUGGCUUCGUGAAGCCAGCCAGGGAAUGUUUGUGAGACAUGGGUAAUCAGCCAAAUAAAGAACGUGCUGUUUCCAGUGGGUCCUUAAAUGUUAGAAACACAAGAACCAAACCAAGAAGUGCCAAAGAAGGUCGACAACAUGGAUCCAACAUCUUCACCGAACACAGUGAAGCUCUGUUGCAAAGUCGACCUCUACCACACAUCCCAGACCUUCCGGAUGGUGACCCGCCAUCGACAUCAGCUGGCUCCUCCUGUCUCCCCUCCUCCCUUGAGUCCCCUUUAGCUGCGCGCUGGACGUCAAAAGAAAAUCUUUUAGCUCAAGAAGAUGAUGAUCCACAACUUUUUGUGGCUCUUUAUGAUUUUCAAGCUGGCGGUGAAAAUCAAUUGAGCCUUAAGAAAGGGGAACAAGUCAGGAUUCUUAGUUACAAUAAAAGUGGUGAGUGGUGCGAGGCACAUUCAUCCCCAGGACAAGUCGGAUGGGUGCCUAGUAACUAUGUCACACCUGUCAAUUCAUUGGAGAAGCAUUCCUGGUAUCAUGGACCAAUUUCUCGUAAUGCUGCUGAAUACUUGCUCAGUUCUGGUAUCAAUGGCUCUUUUCUAGUCCGCGAAAGUGAGAGCAGUCCUGGUCAAAGGUCGAUCUCACUUCGAUAUGAGGGUCGUGUUUAUCAUUAUCGGAUCAAUGAAGAUACCGAUGGCAAGGUUUUUGUUACUGCUGAAAGCAAAUUUAACACUCUGGCAGAAUUAGUUCACCAUCAUUCAAUGCACUCUGAUGGCCUUAUUACGCAGCUCUUGUAUCCUGCUCCGAAACACAAUAAACCAACCGUAUUUGCUCUCAGUCCAGAACCUGAUGAGUGGGAAAUCAAUAGGACAGAUAUUGUAAUGAGACAUAAACUCGGAGGCGGUCAAUAUGGUGAUGUUUAUGAAGCUGUUUGGAAAAGAUAUAACAUGACAGUGGCUGUCAAGACACUUAAAGAGGAUACAAUGGCACUGAAAGAUUUUCUAGAAGAAGCUGCAAUUAUGAAAGAAAUGAAACAUCCAAAUUUAGUUCAACUGCUUGGUGUUUGUACGAGGGAACCACCUUUCUACAUUAUUACGGAGUUCAUGAGCAAAGGCAACCUGUUGGAUUAUCUUCGGCAUGGAAGCAAAGAACAGAUCAAUGCAGUUGUUCUCAUGUACAUUGCAACGCAAAUUGCUGGUGGCAUGAGUUACCUGGAAAGUCGAUGCUUCAUUCACAGGGACUUGGCUGCAAGAAAUUGUUUAGUCGGUGAGAAUCAUUUGGUGAAAGUAGCAGAUUUUGGUUUGGCAAGACUGAUGCGUGACGAUACCUAUACGGCUCACGCAGGUGCCAAAUUUCCAAUCAAAUGGACUGCUCCGGAAGGCUUAGCUUAUAAUAAAUUCUCUACCAAAUCUGAUGUUUGGGCAUUUGGAAUCCUUCUGUGGGAAAUUGCAACUUACGGAAUGUCCCCUUAUCCCGGUGUUGAUCUAACUGAUGUGUACCAUAUGUUAGAGAAAGGCUACAGGAUGGAGUGUCCCCCUGGGUGUCCUCCAAAAAUUUAUGAGCUCAUGCGUGAGUGUUGGCAAUGGGUGCCAGGAGAAAGACCUACUUUCCGCGACAUACACCAUGCUCUUGAAAACAUGUUCCAGGAGUCCAACAUCAUCGAGGAGGUAGAGAAACAGCUUCAAGGCAGCAACACUCCAACUUUAGCAUACAAGAAACCUCACACCGGCAGCUCCUCCAAUAUUCAUAGUCUCACUAUUAUCUCCGAUCAAAAUAAUGCCACCGUUGAAACUCCAGUCAGUAAACUAAGCACUUUCAGUGGAGGGAAAAACUCCUCUAGCACCAGUACCAGUAAUGCGGCUCCUGUAAGGCGGCCAACCAAUAAAAGAGGCAAAACUGCCCCUGCGCCACCGAAAAGGACCAGUUUACUCUCCUCUUGCAGUUCAUUUCGUGAUUCCAUGUAUGGUGCAGGUAUGGAGAUGGAUCAUCCUGCUCCAGCAUUGAGCUCAGAAGACAACACCUCCGUUAAUGGAAACUUCCGAGAUCAGCAGACACUGGCAACCAGCACAAAAGGUGACAGUGAAAGUGACAUGCAAGAUCAGACGCCUGACACGGAUGAUUCAGGUGCACAUUCUUACCCUGGGGACAUGAGCAAGCCCCCGCACUCAGCCGACAGUCAUCACCACCACCAUCACCACAAAUCUCACUUGAAAAAACAAAGAUCACAUCCAGCCAAAGAGGCAACAACCAACGGUUCACAAAAAGUUGUUCAAGUGGCUGCCUUAGAAGUUCAAAAUGUGAAACGUGCAAUCAAUAGGUACGGAACUUUGCCGAAGGGUGCUCGAAUAGGAGCUUAUCUAGAGUCUCUAAGACAGAAUGGACUUGAGAGCGGUAAUCAAAGUCAAGCUCCGCCGUCGGUGAGGAACAGUGUCAAAGCUGUACAGCAGCCUGGUAAUAUGAUACGCAGCAACUCCUCUGGAGGUUUCCAGCACCCACCAUCUUCUCCUCGCUUGAGAGCAGCGCAGCCUUCAUUAGAAUUUCCACCGCCCCCACCUCCGGAAGAACUAGACAACGAGCCGGAGGAAUCAACCAGCAACAGAUUUGGAAUUAGUCUGCGGCAUCGAGAGCCGUCGACUGAUUCUUGCAGUAGUGCCAAAUCUGAGCCAGGGCCAGGCUGGCGCAGCUCAGGUCGGCAGAAAAACCGUCCUCCUUCGCCUGGUCCUCCGGAUACCGGAGAACCUGGUGGUGAUGACGCUGAUUCUAAGAGACUGAAUAAUAGUAAACAAGAUGAUAACAAUAAGGAUGGAACUGAAGGGACAGAAAAAGUCUCUCCCAGCUCCAAUAGACUGCUUAAAAGUGUUCUGCCAAACAUGAUGAAAGAGAUGAUGGAACUUAAACUUGUGACUGACAUCAAAGAGAGAUCUGAUAAAAUUAGUGAUAGAGUAGAGAAUGACUCAAGCGUUCAACAAUCUCCACCCGAUUUCAAAGCAAAUUUGAGGAAAGUCAGUGUACCCACUGUUGAAAUGAAUAAGAAAAAUGAUAGUCAAAAUAAUUUUAAAGUAUAUCUUAAGAAAUUCGAACCAAAGAAAGUGGAAACAAUAACUAAUGUAGACUUAAAAUCUAGGUUAAAGAAACAAACGACUGAGCCAGUUAAGUCUAACAUAGAUGAUGAUAGUGAUAAAAACAAUCAAGAUGAUGAUAAAAGGAGGAGCACUGGUAGUAUAAGUAGUUUGAAAAAAUUAUGGGAGGGUGAAAGUCCUCCCGAAGCAGCCAAAGAGAAAAGAGUUUGGCCCCCGCCGGAAGAAAAACCUGUAGUUCCGACGAAACCACUUGUGAAAACAGUCGCCAAACAAUCGACUGCAAUCUAUGCCACGCCUGGGGUUUUAACGAGUGUUAUAGAGAUAUGGCAAGCUUUGGAGAGUACCAUUACUAGUCUUCAGUCAGCGUCGACCAUUAGUUCUGCUAGUUGGCUUCAGCUUUCUGACAAAGUCGGGUUAUUUCAUUCAUCAUGUCUUAGUUACGCAGAUACAAUUGCUCCUCCUCAAUUAAGGUUUCAUCUCAGAGAAUUGUUGACUAAGUUGGAAACGCUGGCUAGAAAGUUAAGGUUUGUAGGGUCUAGGAAUCAAGCAGAUAGUGCAACUAUUUUGAAUGAUUUACUCAAUAUUCUCAAAGACACUGUCAAUGCUGUGCAGCGGUAAAAUUUUGUUUCUUAGUCACAAUCUGUAUUCUCCAGUAGGUGUUUGUUAUUAUUAUCCAAAAUGAAUUAUCGUGUCACAUUACAUGGCUUAAGUAUGAAAUCAUUUUCAUUAUUCUGAUCAUCUAUCUCUCUUGGUUGACUCAUUUGUCCAGGUGAUUUAACUCUUGAUAGCAAAUUUAGUAAGUUUGAAAAGUUUGAUGUUGUUUAUUUAUAGACAUCGAUUUCGGGGCUGUUCGUUCGUAGGCUAACUUUCCAGAAUGGUUUUCUCACACAUUCAAGCUUUUGCCAAGAACUUUCAUCAGAAGCAGUUGCGUAAAAUACUGGGCUCAGAUCAUACGACUAAGUAUUUAUCAUUUCUUGAGCAGCCUUUUUUCUAACUGUGCUGAAGCUGAACUAUAUUUUUCUACAGAAAUCAAUUUUUCAGAUUUAGUUGAGCUAUCAACUUGCGUUUGUCGAGCUAUUUCAUAUCCUGAAUUUUUAUUAAGACUCCUUUGCAGCAUAACAUCAGCAUUCCAGUCCAAGCAUUUCUUCCUUCACUAAAACUUUUUUAUUCAUUUACUUUAAUUGAAGUCUUUAUUCCCAUUUCUGAUAAUUUUUGUAUUCCAAUAACAAUUUUCUCUCAAAAUGUGAAAAUUUUGAAUCAUACUUGCUUUUUUUGACCCAAGUAUAUCAUCAUGAUAGUUGAGCGAAUAUAUGCCCUUGUAGACCAACAGGUACGAAGACAACGAAAUAAUUUAAUACAUUCUAACCCUUACUUUCCUGCUCAUUUAGGUGUGUUAUGACGUUUUAGUAGUUACUAAUUUUUUAAAGAAAGGAUUUUAGAUGGAACAAAAAUUCUAGACCUCGAGUCUUGGACUUGGAAUCAGUGUCAAGAAUUUUACUCGAAAUGAGUUUUUAUUCCACUAGAAUAUUCUCACUUUUUUAUUCAAGUUAAUCGGACUUAAUUUUUUUAAAUGUUUAUUUUGCUGAAUGUAAACGGCACUAACUUUUAUGACGAUCGUAACUCACGUUUUGCAGAUGGUGGUCAAAAUGUUAGAUUUUUUGCCUCGCAGAAAUCUCAGUUUAUUACUUUUCUAAUUCUACUCUUUUUUUGUUUACUCCCUCAUCCCUUCUUUUUCUCACCCUUUCCGUUCAAUUCUAGUUCAGUAACCUUUCCAGUUUUGAAGAAGAGUAGACAGUUUACUCAAAAUGCAUGUAAUCUCUGUCGUUUAAAUACACUUUUCCCAGCUUUUACACAGCCUAUUUUUACCAAAGUUUUGGACGAUAAUCAUAAUUAAUUUAUUUAGAUUAGUAAACCUACACAAUCAUUGAGGAAUUGAACGGUCCCAAUCAGCAUGUAUUUAAUGAAGUUUCUGAAACUAAAGUUAAUGUUGUCACUUAUCUUCAACCUUUUGCGGAUGUAAUGCUCAUAAUGUAGCAAGCUUAAGUCUGAUCUGUGAUUUACAAAUAUUUCAACUCAGUAAAACAAAAUGUUUGAUUUUCGUUUGAAAUUCUUAGGACGUUUCCUGCUGGUUGUAGCAUUUUCCAUUCUUCGUUUCUAUCAACUUUGGGUAUUUUGUUACUUUUUUUAACGUAAUUCUCUGAAAAAUUGCCCGGCCAAAAUUUUUUUAUCCUUUGCUACUUAAUCAAUUACUUUUCUGCAUUUUAGCCCUAUUCUCGUUGUAUUUUUAGAGUCCUUUUUUGCAUGUUAAAUUCGGCCAACGAAAUCCAAAUUCGACCAUUGGUCCAAACCUGCAUGCGAUUUUAGAAAGAUGAUUUCGCUCUUUCUUAACAAAUAAUUCAGAAUCCUAAGAGCUCUUAAUUUUUACCUUAAUUAAAAAAGGUCUCUGCUGUUCAUCUGUCUGUAUGGUAUGAUUUUCAUCUAGAUAUCUUUCAUGAAACAAUGUUUCUUUCAAUUUUUCUCAUCUUGUUUUUAGAGAGCUAAAAUGCUCUGCCUUUAAACCCAUCUAUCCAUUAACCACGCUCCAGAAUCACUAUCUGUAGUUCCGACAAUAGUCUUUGUAUGGAAGGAAGAUGAAGCUCUGCUGAUGUAUCAUGAAUUAUAAUUCUCCGUAAGAAUGUAAAUAGUUUUAGAGAAAACCCAUGUUUACUCAUUUGAUUUUGUAUCUCAUGACUCUCAAAACGGUGUUUUUUGAUAACUUGACUUUUGUUUUAUCGAUCAAAUUUUUGAUCAUGUGUACUGUGAGUGAGAAUCUCUGGUUUUGCCAGCUUUUGUAAAAAAAGCAGUUGAUGAACUUCCAACUGCGCUAUUUGUUUCCAAAUCAAUUACAUUCAAGGAGUGUAGUGUUAAAUUUUUUCUUGUAAUUUUUUCAAAAAUGUUCUCUUCUUUCAACUUUUCAUUUUAGGUGCUCCCUGAUCAUUAGUGAAUAUUGUAUGUUUUUAUGUUCCUUUCUUAUUUAAUUUCAGUAUCAUCCUUUGCGUUUCAUAACUUUCUCAAAAGUAGAAGAUGUUAUGUUGACCAAAUCCAUAUUGAAAUGAUCAAAUACCAUUUAAGAACUAUUAUAGUUUUAAGCAAAUACCUCUUGCCUUCAGUCAUCAUGGUAUUUUGCGUUAUUUAAAUUAAGCCCCCUCCCCUUCUCCUCCUUUUUAAUCACAUUUUGUAAAUGCAUCGAAAA